AUGGCACAACCGGAUCUGACGUCGCAUCAUGUCAACUACCUAAUAUGGCGAUACCUUCAAGAAUCAGGUCAUGGCGAUGCUGCCGUCUCACUUCAGCGCGCAUGGUACCCCAAUCCCCAAACGUUGCCUUUCGCGCGUCACAUUAAAACACAUGCCCUGGUCUCGCUUGUCCAGAAAGGCCUACAAUACCAUGAACUCGAGUCCUCAAUUGACAAGGACGGCAAUCCGACCACAUUCACACCUGAAAGAUACUUCUUCGGCCCGGAGCCAUUUGACGUCGGCUCGUUAAAACCCAAGGAUGAGCCCACUCCAGCCCCAGCCGGUUCACCGAAAGGACCAGUUCCAGAACACGUUGAGGAGGUAGCAACUGAACCAGUCUCUAAUGGUGGACACGCGGCCGACCCUGCGCAAGACAGCCAUGCUACGGAGACCAAUGGCGAUGAAGCGAUGGAGGUUGACAGAGCCGAGAGCAAGCCGAGCAGCCCGCAACCCCAAGCACCUGAAGUGGAUGGCGAUGGUGAUGUGAGCAUGGGCGCGACAGAGCUGGAAGAAAAGCCCCGUGAACCGACUCUCACCACGGGCAAUAGCGUCGGAGUACAGAUCUCUCCUGCCAAGGCCGCCGAUUUGAGUCCGGAUGCCGUCCUGCUCAACGAAGAGCACGCCAUCUCAGCGACAUGGUGUCCAAAGGAUUCGUCUUUGCUCUUGGCCACCGGAGACACCUUCUGUUCUCUGUGGAAACUCUCAGCCGCAGCCGAGCCAGCCCGCAACCGCUUCCUGGAUCUCAAGGGAACGGGUGCAUUCGUGUCGGCCGUCGCGUGGGACAGUGCCGGUGCUAAACUUGUGGUGGCCUCGUACCGGCAAUUGAAGGGCACUGUAGCCAUUUACAACACAGACGGCAAAGUCAUGGACCUUUUGCCGGAUAUGCCUCGAGUGAUCAAUGGUUUGUACUGGGCACCAGAUAGUCCCCAGUUGGUCAUCGUGGCUUCCGACGAGCGAUCGUCUGAACUGGUCUUGUGGGAUGAUGGUCGAAGGCCCGAUGUGUACCCGCCAUCGCAGACGAUAGCAAACCAUCUCUAUGACGUGGCAUGGUGUGGCAGAAACCGGGUGUUUGCUUGCGGAAAGGGAUCUGUGUACGAGUGUGAAGUGAGCGACAAUAUCCGGCUAAUCAAAAGCUAUCCCUCGCCGCAGGCCGACAUGCAGUGGACCUACGUUCGAUCCAUACAGGAUGGAGAUACUUUUAUCGCAGUGACCGCAAGUGCGGCGUCCUCGGCCAUCUGGAUUCCGACGCACGACAUUCUGGUCGAAGGUGCCCACCAGGCCGCCAUCACUGGCAUCGACAUCAAGCCGCAUGCUGCGCUGCCAAGGCAAGAAGGCAAUCUGUCCAUCUCAUUCGCUUCUUUCUCCAUUGAUGGCACCAUCGCUGUGUGGCAGGCGGAUCUCGUUUCUAAAGAAUACAAGUGCAUCCAUCGACUUCGUCUUGGCGCGUCCAGUCCCGCCAUCACUGGCAGUUUCUCUCCUGAUGGCUACGCGCUCGGCGCUGUCAGCAGAGAUCAAGUCCUCAUUUGGAAUGCCGAGCGCGGUGGUGACCCGAUUGCCACUUGCAAAGCCCCUCGUGUCGCCAAGGUCAAAGAGGACCCCGAUCGCGCCACUAAUGGACAAAAUGGACACGGUCCCUCAUAUCCUGAUCGAGCUUUGUCGUGGGACCUGGACGGGAAGAAGCUUGUGUGCGGGCUCGGAGAACAGAUGGCUGUCAUCAAUUUCCAAAGGUGA